CCCUAGAAUUCUCAAACUUGUCUCCCAGAACGAAAGGCUCUCUCUAGCUGUUUGUUUACUCACCCAUCUCCCCCAGAACUGAUCUUUGUUGGAUACCUUCUUCUUCCUUGUUUCAGUAAAUCUCCCCCCCCCCUGGUUUGUUUUUGCCUAAUAUGAAGCGAAACCCAUUACAGAUUAAGGUUAUAUUCAUAUUUGAUUUUUAUCAAUGGAUACGAGGAAUUCGAGUGCGUGGGGUGGGGACGAUGAUCUCCCCCUUGUCUCCUCUAUGGGAAUUGUUGAAUGUGUGAUAGGCGAAGAUGAUAUUUCUAUCGGUACGGAGCUUAAAGCUGAGGAGGAAGAGAAGGUUGUGAACGGCGAGGAUGAUGACUCUGCUACUAAGAGUGAUGAGGUUGGAGGAGUAACUUCAAAGAGUAAGAAGAAGAAAAAGAAGAGUAAGAGUGGGAAGACUGCACAUGGUGAAGAUGAUUUGGACAAGAUACUCGCUGAACUUGGGGAAGUUCCUGUUUCACCACCAUCUAAAGUGGAGAAUAUUAAAGCUUAUCAGGAUGGAGAAGGAGAGACUGUUGAGUCAGCUGCAGAUAAGAAAAGGAGAAAGAAGAAGCUUAGGGACAAGAAAGCAGCUGCGUCUUCUGUGGAGGCUGAGGAGGACAAACAAGGUAAUCCAUUGUCUGAGCCAUCACAGCCGAAGAAGAAUGAUGUGAAUGUUAAAGUAGCGGAGAAGAAAGUUCCUAAACAUGUUCGAGAGAUGCAAGAGAUUAUUGCGCGGCGGAAAGAAGCUGAAGAAAGGGAGAAAAAGGAAGAAGAAGAGAGGUUGAGGAAAGAGGAAGAGGAGCGCCGCAUUGAGGAAGAGCGAGAAAGGGAAGCUGAAGAGAUUAGGCAGAGGAGGAGGAUAAGGAGAAUGGAGAAGUAGCUAGAAGGCGGGCUUCUAACAGCGAAGCAAAAGCGUGAAGCUGCGAAGAAUGAGGCUUUCAAGAACAAGGUGUUGACUGAUGCUGGAGGUCUUCUUGUUGCUGAUAAAAACGAUGAAAGGUGAUGUAGAAACAAAGGAAAAUCAUGCAGAGGAACCAGGUACUUUGCAUGAAUCGGUUUCAGUUGACGAUAAAAGCGUUGGUAUAAUAGAAUCGGUAGAUACAGAAGAGAAACAUAGAGCUUUUGAUGUAUCACAAGAGAAUGGUGAUGAGGAGGAUGUGUGGGAUGUAAAAACUAAUUUUACCAUCGAGGGUGAUCCUAAUGAUGAGGAGGAAAAACCUCAGCCUGUGGUUAAGAAAGAAUUAAAAGACACUGCAUCAAAGGCACAUGAUUCAGGUCCCGUCGCAGAUAGACCAACAAUGAAGGCUGGAGUUGCAGGCAAGUCAAAAACAGCUGCAAAAAAAGCUAUGCCUAAGGUGGAUGAUGUUACCCGGCCAAAGGAUACUUCUAAAAAGGGUAAAAGCUUAGUACUGACUGAAAUUGCUAAAGAAGUAGAAGGAAACCUUCGCUCUCCCAUUUGCUGCAUCAUGGGUCAUGUUGACUCUGGUAAAACAAAGUUGUUGGAUUGCAUCAGAGGAACAAAUGUUCAGGAAGGUGAAGCUGGGGGUAUUACUCAACAGAUUGGUGCAACAUAUUUCCCUGCAGAAAACAUACGGGAGAGAACCAAGGAGUUAAUUUCUGAUGCAAAAAUCCAGGUGCCAGGUCUAUUGGUUAUCGAUACACCUGGACACGAGUCAUUCACAAAUCUGCGGUCAAGGGGUUCAAAUUUGUGUGACCUUGCAAUUCUAGUGGUUGACAUAAUGCAUGGUCUAAAGCCACAAACCAUAGAAUCUCUGAAUCUUUUGAGAAGAAGGAAUGCAAAGUUCAUUGUUGCCUUGAAUAAGGUGGAUUUGCUAUACGGGUGGAAAAGAAGCAAGAAUGCUCCUAUAAUGAAGGCAAUAAAGCAACAAUCGAGUGAUGUGGUUAAUGAAUUCAAAAUGAGGCUAAACAGGUUAUAACCCAGUUCGGAGAACAAGGUCUCAACUCUAAGCUUUAUUACGAGAACAGAACAAUGGGAGAAACUAUCAGUAUUGUACCUACUA